AUGACGUACGCUAUACAAACGAGGGCGAAGACUGCAGCUACUAAACAAAUUCUUAGAACGACCGAGAUGAAGACAUUACGCUCAAUCACAGGGAAAAUGCCAAGACACAGAAUAAGGAGCAAUGAAAUUAGAAGAAUGUGUGACGUUCCGGAUAUAGUGAGAUGGGCCAGAACUAGAAGAAGAGCAUGGCGAGAUCACGUCAAUAGAAUGGAAGACGAUCGACUGGCGAAAAUCGCAAAGGAAGAGAGACCCAAUACAAGCAGACCUCCCGGAAGACCACCAAAGCGCUGGUAUGAGAGCUGGACCUCGGAGUCACAACUUAGACUGCUUCCUUGA